CAGUUGCUACUGGAUCUGUCAGGUGAGAAGCGCGCUCACGAAUCUGAGCAUCCGCGAGCAUCUUCAAAAGCAUCAGCGCGCGUCAAGUGACCAAGCGUCGGUUACUUCGGGAAAUACAGGAGGAACUUCAGCGCAGGUGGUCCUCGGUCACCUCGUUGAUUUACGUCUUGGAAAAGUCUGUUUUAUGAGAGAACAUACAAAUGCCGUCUUAAAAGACGUUGUUAUUCACACUCGACCAACGUCGAGGUUAAAAUAAACUAACAAGACGCGAAGAAUGUACAAAGAAAUCGGAGCGCUCGAGAUGCACUGAAAGCUUCCCUUAAAAUGGGUUGAAGAAAAGAAAACGAAGAUAAAGAGAGGUGUAAGUAGGAUUUUUUUUAAACAUGUGAAACUGGAACCAUAGGCUAUAUGUAAAUUAGAUUUUGAAAUGCAUUGACACUGUAUUGAAGAAGAAGAGUAAGCGCGCUCAGCGCGUGCAAUUGUUUCAUAGACUUUUAAUGUAUUUAUCUCAAAUUCUUCUUCUGCUGCUUUGUAUAAAAGCGGGUUACUGUCUUGAGAUGUUGGACUUCACAUUUAUGAUUCAGUUUUAGAAUUUCACUGGUCUGUUAAUGAAGAAAGCCGUUUCUUCACUUAUAUUAAGAGUAUGUUUUCUAUCUCAAGCUAUACAGAUCAUAGUGGAUUUCUGGGAAUAAAUUGGUAUAUUUUUGCUGCUGUUCCACUGUGCUACCUCAGCAUGUGGGAGUUGUGUGUAGCACAACAAAUCCCAAGAUGACUGGAUUUUGGAAUGACUGGGUUUGUGGAAACAGUAGAAAUGAUCUACAGAUUUCCUUUGACUGUAAUAUAAGCAUUUAUUUACAUCACUUAUGUCCAUGAGUUCAUGUCGUCACGUGGACUCAAAUGGAUCUUUUUUGUCUGGAACAACUAAGCCGAUGCUCAGAACGGUCCAUGCCAUACCCUUUUUUAGAAUUUAUCGUUAUUUACUAACUUUUUGAAGUACAAUCACAGCUGAACUCAUUUGCUGAGAGCUGCAGUUACAGGCCAUAACUUUUUUUUCACAAUUGAAGGAUUCAUGGAUAAACAUUAAGAUGCAAUCGCUGCAAAUAACAUUGGUGCUGUAAAUGUCCUUUGCUGGUGUUUUUCAUUUAUUGAUACUCGUUGCAACUUAUAGGAUAAAAGACAGAUCUGUCAAGCUUCUACCUUCGGGCUUUUUUGUUUUAUCUCCCCCCCACUGAACUUAUCAGGUGGGGGGGGGGAAGGGUAAGGCCCAAACAAUGGAGUCCAACCCAGACAGCCCAAGCCGGGCUGUGGAGUACCUUCUGGAACUCAAUAACAUCAUCGAGAACCAGGCCAAACUGCUAGAAACUCAACGUAAACGCAUUGAAGAGCUCGAGACGCAGCUAGACCAGGUCAACCAGGAGAACCAGGACCUGCGGCAGGACAGGAACCCAGGAACCGAGAACUCGCAGCAGAUCCACAACUACAAUCAGAGCUCAAAGCCCAGCCAGCCAUCAUCACUACCAAACCACAAUUCCGGAGGCAUCAUUCAGAACAGCAGCAGUAAUAUACCCUCAUCCACAGUGCCUGGUCCAGCUCGACGGACACACACGAGGCUGACCCGAGGCCUGUCAUGUGGGUCAGCACCUGUUGAGAAAGAGAGAAGCCGACUGGAGCGCAAUGACAGCUCUGGGACCAACAACACCUCGACUCUACGGAAACAUGAGGAGGAAACCCAGAGUUCAGCUUCACGUCCCUUUUCAGACACUUCCAGCAGCAAAUCUCCUUACGUGUACCGCUCUGACCGUUACGGGGACAACAGCUGCACCCUCCCAGGCCCCCGGGUGCCUUUUGUGCCCCCUCCAAGCCCAGCCAGUCUCGCCUGGGCACAGCGUACACGCAACCAACCAGCUAGCCUGGCCCUACGUAAGCAAGAGGAAGAGGAAAACAAGAGGUGCAAAGUCCUAUCAGACAGCUAUGAACUCUCUACAGACCUACAAGACAAGAAGGUGGAGAUGCUGGAGAAGAAAUAUGGAGGCUACUUCGUAAGUAGACGAGCAGCGCGGACCAUCCAGACAGCAUUCCGUCAAUAUCGUAUGAACAAGAACUUUGAGCGCCUCCGCAGCUCAGCUUCUGAGAGCCGCAUGACACGCCGCAUCAUCCUUUCCAACAUGCGACUGCAGUAUUCGUUUGAUGACCGACAUCCUCAACCUCCCCCACCGAGUCACUACAGUCACAGUCCGGGAAUGGGUCCUCCGCAUUCUCCAACCUGCACCACAGAGCCAAGCUCCCCAUCACGGCCAGAGUACACUCACCUUGAGGACUCCUUCUCUAAACAAGUGAAAUCUUUGGCUGACUCCAUUGAUGAUGCCCUAACUUGUCGACCACGCCGAGAUGACUCCCAGGAAGGGAUAGGGGACGGAAGUGGUGUUGUGGAUGACUUUGGCGAAUGCAUAUGGAGCAGUAACAGCCACGCAUCCUUACGGAGAGGCCUUGCUGACAGGGAUCGAGGAGGUACAGGGGGCUUGAGCAUGCACGAGGAUAGCACAGCCACCUCCUACAGCGAUGUCACACUUUACAUGGACGACGGACUACCUUCCUCGCCACUUUCUCUAGACCGGGCCCCUAGCAGCACAGACACUGAGUUCUGGGGGGGUGUUGGAAGCGGGGUAGGUGGUAGGGAGGAUAGCCGUGACACAGAGGGAGGAGGAAGCAGCAAUAGUCGCCGAAGCACACCUUGCACAGAGUGCCGCGAUUACCGUUUACGGGGAGGGCACUUGCCACUACUUACAAUUGAACCACCCAGUGACAGCUCCGUGGACAUGAGUGACCGCUCAGACCGAGGCUCCCUCAGCAGACAACUGGUGUAUGAGCAGGAUUCAGUGGGAGGGUCACCUCAAGGUACACUAAAACACAACCCUAAUGCUCGUUCAACAUCCUCGACAGCUGCACAAGGUCAAACGCGUCCAGCUAGCCGAUCGAUACCGUCACAUAUCCCACACCACAUGGCUCACCAUCAUCACCAUCACCACCACCACCAUCACCAGUACCCAGACACUCCUUCGUCCUCCUCCUCUCCUCAACAGCCCCCAACCACACCACUCUCAUCCUCCUCUUCAGCACCUCUGCCACCUGGUGGCUUGGAGCAGCAGUGCUGCUCAGAUGGUGAUAAUGACUCUCUGAACUCCACCACAAACUCUAAUGAGACCAUUAAUUGCAGCUCAGGGUCUUCAUCAAGGGACAGUCUGCGGGAGCCCCUGCCCCCAUUAGGGAAACAGACCUACCAGAGAGAAAGCCGGCACAGCUGGGACUCUCCAGCCUUUAACAACGAUGUGGUUCAAAGAAGACAAUAUCGCAUUGGACUCAACCUCUUCAACAAGAAGCCGGAAAAGGGUAUUCAGUACCUGAUUGAAAAGGGCUUCGUGUCAGACACACCAGUGGGCAUCGCUCGCUUCAUCCUGGAGAGAAAAGGUCUGAGUCGGCAGAUGAUUGGAGAGUUCCUUGGAAACAGACAGAAACAGUUCAACAAAGAUGUAUUGGAUUGUGUUGUGGAUGAAAUGGACUUUUCUGGAAUGGAUCUCGAUGAUGCUUUGAGGAAAUUUCAAGCUCAGAUAAAAGUGCAAGGAGAGGCCCAAAAAGUGGAAAGACUUAUUGAGGCUUUCAGUCAGAGGUACUGUGUUUGUAACCCAGCACUGGUAAGACAGUUCCAGAACCCAGACACCAUCUUCAUCCUAGCAUUUGCCAUCAUCCUCCUCAACACAGACAUGUACAGCCCCAACAUCAAAGCGGAGAGGAAGAUGAAGCUGGACGACUUCAUCAAAAACUUGCGAGGGGUGGAUAAUGGUCAGGACAUCCCACGUGACUUACUAGUUGGAAUCUACCAGCGCAUUCAGAAGUGGGAACUGAGGACCAAUGAUGACCAUGUUUCUCAGGUCCAGGCGGUGGAGAGAGUCAUUGUGGGCAAGAAACCUGUUCUGUCUCUGCCCCACCGCAGACUGGUGUGCUGCUGUCAGCUCUAUGAAGUCCCGGACACCAACCGUCCUCAAAGGUCUGGAGUCCACCAGAGAGAGGUCUUCUUGUUCAACGACCUGAUUGUGGUUACAAAGAUCUUCCAGAAGAAGAAAACCUCUGUAACAUACAGUUUCAGACAGUCCUUCCCUCUUGUGGAGAUGCAGGUUCACAUGUUCCAAAACUCCUACUAUCCUCAUGGUGUGAAAUUAGCAUCAGCCAAUCCGGGCGGUGAGCAUAAAGUUUUGAUUGUGUUCACGGCGCCUAGUCAACAGGACCGCACACGGUUCGUCAGUGAUCUGAGAGAGAGCAUUGCUGAGGUGCAGGAAAUGGAGAAAUACAGAGUAGAGUCUGAAUUGGAGAAGCAGAAGGGAGUAAUGCGGCCCAGCCUGCUCACCAACAGCAUGAUGGCAGGAGUGGGUGGAGUCAAGAAUGAAGUGGUGAAUGGCACUAUGGGAAGGCCUAGUUUGGAUGAUAACUAUUCACCAGGAGAGGGCCUCAAACGCACUGCUCUCAGCUCCUCACUGAGGGACCUGUCUGAUUCAGGGAAACGUGGCCGCAGAAACAGCGUUGGUUCCCUUGACAGUACAAUGGAAGUAAGUCUGAGUGAAGCAGAGCAGUCCACGGCCUCACCAGCGUUAUCCAGUAGCCACUGUUCUCCCGGGAUGCUAUGGAGCAGAAGAUUACCGGCCUCACCGCCCCAUCCUGAGCCCCGGAGUGGGGGUGGGGGGUGGGCCGGGGCAGCAACACACACCUGCGGUGACUGGCGCUGGGCCAGUCUCCAGCAGCACCGAGAGAGGAACGACUGGAAUGGGGACUGGGAGCAACAGCAACAACACCGGUUCCUUCCUAGGCUCCCUUUUUGGGGGCAAACGAUCCAAAGCGCCAGGUCCUAUAAUCCCCCCGGGGCCACCUUACCCCGCCCCUGUGGCCCCGCCGACUACAGGAGGGCCGCCGCCUCUGUCCCCGUCCUCACUUUGCCCGGGGGAGGGCGGGGGUCCUUCCAAGAUCCAGGCCCUGCACGCCCAGUACUGCCAUACUACCAGCAACAAUGUCAGUGGACAGCCUCCACCCCCGUACUACCACCACCACCGCUUCCAUACACAGACCGCACCUACGUCUGGGCCGCCGCCCCUCCAUACUCUUCAGCGGGUCACCUUGCCUCGACGGCCACUCCCCAACCCCUCCGCGCAAUCCCCGUACCAGCCGAUCUCCCAGCAUACUUUGCAGGGUCGCUACGGGAGCAUGGGCAACAUGGGCUCCGGCCACCCUCCCCCCCUUUCUCCUCACUCCCCACUCUCCCCUCAUCCGCAGUUUGCUCUGUUCCACACGCAGCCCACACACUCGGCCAGAGGCGGCAUCAGCAAGCCCCCUCUCACCCUGUCGCACUCUCAGCCGCACCCGCACGCACACUCCCACACCCACCCCGUGCACGUACACACGCCGCACCCGGGCUCCCACCCCGUGCACCAACCUCACUUCGUAUUCGCCAGCCCUCCGCCCCCGCCCUUCCCAGCUCCAACUCAGCCGCCUCCAGUCUCCGCGUCCGGCACUGUCCACCACGGGCCGCCGGCCGCCCAGUAUCUGCCCCAGUAUCCUCCGUUGGGCUCUAUUCCCCCUCCCCCCCCCCACUCCCCUUUACCCCCCCCUUCCUCCCCCCUUAUCCCUCUUACGCCUCUCUCCCCUCUCCCCCCCCAGCACCAAGGCCCACCUUCCCAAGCCGGGGGUCAGCAAGGGCCCUCGCCGGCCCAGAGUGGGGCCGCACCUGGGGGGACGGGCACAGUCGAACGCACCAAAUCCAAACCUACCAACCGGAUCAGCACGGUAGUGUGAGCCGGGGGAGGUCGCGAGGCUGGGGGACGCUGAAGGGUCCUUUGGUAAUCGGAGGGGGGACCUCUGCGAGGGUGGAGGAGGCGGGCAGCGGCAGGGCCAAAUCUGAUAAUAAUGCCAGUGGGAAAAAGAAACGCAGCCUGCUAAGACUCUGCUACUUUCACCUGCGCUUCCCACAAGUGUGAUCGAAGGGACUUGCCGAGGCAACGCUGCCACACAGAUAGUUGACGGCUCUUGGGUAGAUUAGUGCUGUGGGAAAUAUACUAGACAACAAUAAAGAGAAACAAUUAGGACACUUUUUUUCAGUUCAGCUGAUGUAGAUGGGUUUGACUGCCAGCUGACUUCUUGGCUUCUUCUUAGAUUCCAUAUUCAGACGAGAAAUAACCUACUAAAGCAUGUAAAAGACACGCGGACAAACUCGAACAUAAAAUUGUCCACAGUCUUGUUUUUAGUUGCGUAGAGCCAUAAAGUUAGGGUAAAAUGGUUGCAUUCUGCAUUCAUCAUCGCAGGCAUUUGGAGAAACUCUACCUUGUUUGACCUGGGAACCUGUUUAGGAAAUGUGAAGACCAGAGAGCAUACAAAUGACAUUGUGCUGGACAGAUCAAAGCACAGUAUGUUCAACGAUUUCAUACAUUCCAGUAAUCAUGUUAAGCAUUAGUCGCUAUAGCAUUCGCAAGAUGCAAUAAUCUUUUCACUUAAUUGAUGUCCAGCUUCUACUUGCUAAAUAAUUUAAAAUGCUCUAUUGCUCUUUUUGUAUACAUCUAUAACAUUGACAUAUGUAAGUGUUAAUAGAGAUAAAUCCACAAAGCAAAUAUCUUACACCUGGUAUGGUUGUUUAAAGCAAGUAUUGGCCUGACCUCUUCCACUCUUAACUCUAGUCAGCUGUAAAACGCCUUGUAUGUGGAUGUGCUGUUUGUAAUCAUCCUAGAAUCACUUUCAGUAUUAUUACCAUGUGUAAAAUUAUAUGAAAUGUUAACACAAUAUAAUAUUUCAGUAAUGUUGAAUCAGUCAGAUAAUAAAUCAGUGACAUUUAUUUGAUCUACAAACUUAAUUUGUUUUAGAAAAAUAAAUAUAAAUUUAUACACAAAUGAGAAAACAAUACGCAAAUUUCAUAAUCUGAUCUGUAAUGAGCUUGUUUUGGUAAAUUAUUUUUUAUAAUUUUAUUUUUUUAUUUUAAAUCCAAAGUAUUGUGCCUCAAAUCUAAAAAUGUUCUCAUGACAGCAUUACUUUAUAUUAAUCCAAUUUGACAGUAAUUUUAUUUUUGAAGAAUCCCAAAGGGCUUGAAUGAAUUUCAAACUGGAUGUUGACUCACAUUACAGUAAAAAUCACUGAGCCAAUUUGUGUGCAUUAUCAUCCAUGUCUAAAUUCUUAGCAGCACAUUUCUAGUAAAGUUCCAGUGAAUUUGCCAAGGCCCAGAAUGUGAAAAUAAAAGGCAUCCAAUGCACUUUAUAAAUGAAUGUGUUUUCUGAACCAUAUUAAAUUAAUAUAUCUCCAUAAUCCAUUAAAAAAAAUAUAUAUAUAUUACACUUUUCCCACGUUAAGUAUUUUUACGAGGGCUAGUGACGUAUGAAGGAAACAUGCCAUGAAAGAUUGUUGCCAGUCUUCACAUCUGAAUUGUCUGCAUUUAGUUUCCAUUGGGUCCUCAUCAAUACUGCCAACCUCUUUACCAAGGUGUUUUAGUUUCAUGCUAUUAUAUGAAUGUUUGCUAUGAAUUUCAAUUUUAAUGAAUAUAACUAUUCUUAUUUUAUGUUAUGAAACUAAAUUUGACAAAAUACAAAAAAACAACAACUUGUAAAUAGGAAAUGUUUUCUCAUGCUUUGACAUUCAACAGUGAAGUGUCAGGGAUUUAUUGUUGUUGAUGAUUUUUAUGGACAAACACACUUGUCUUUACAAGUGACCUUGAAUGUCAGAGACUUCGUAUGGGUAUUAUUUAAAACAUUUUUUUAAAGAGUUGUGUACCGGUCAUGAUGUUUUGUGCAGAUGAUUUUUGGUUUGGGCUUAAAAACGACCUAUUUUGACAAUAUAGCACCAUACUUCAGUCAUACUUCAGUAACCUUCCUCUGUAUGAUUAAUGAAGGAGAGGAGGAAGAUGGAGGAACCUGUAUAAAUAAAUGAUCACAUUAAUACAAGGAUUUCAGUUUACCUGUACGAGAAAUCAAGGUAAUUUAUCCUUAAGUAAGGCCUUAGUGUAAGUAUUGCUUGAAGUUUCUGUUUGUGUGGAUGCAUAACGUGAUCUCAAGUGCUGUUUUAUAUUUGUGGACUGGGCUUAAUGCAGAUGCUCAGUAUUAUUUGUCUUGAUGUGAUGCUCAGUUAUUGUGUGUAAGAUAUUUAUGCCCUUAAAAAUCGCCAUCUCUUUCUAUGUGCUCCUGCAUAUGCUAUUUAGCUAUCAGCACUGCACAGUACUAAAUAAUAGGACAGUAUGGUGGAAAAUGGGGCUCCAUUUACAUAUAUUCCAUGGCCGGAUAUCCAUAUGAGAUAAAGAUUAGAAAUUCCUUAUUAAUUGCAUUUACUUUAUUUCAAGAUUUUCAUGAUAUUUUUCAUUAACUGUCUGUCUUUCUCUGUGAAUUUUCUUGCACGAGUACGUCUGUAUUUACUGAGCUCUGUAACAAACUGUAAAUAGACUAUGAUUUAAUAUUUAAAAUGAGACAGGGAAAGUGUCAAAGGUAUGUCUGUGUGUGUGCGUGUGUGUGUGUGUGUGUGUGUGUGUGUAGGGAGAUGUCAUUAAAUGUAGAUGAUCAUUGCAUAUUUAUUUUGAUCCAAGAAAAUUAAUUUUAUCUGUAAACUUGUACAAGUGUGUAUGUCAAAGCAGAUUGAAGUGUAAUUUUGAAAAAAGGUAUAUGAAGUCAUCUUAUUUGUGUAUAUACAGAUAAUAUAUGAAAUUAAGCAAAUUCGGAGAGAUGUGAAUAUUUAUUGCCUAAUAUUAUAUGAAUAAAAUAUAUAUAAAGUGUCCUGACACAA